UGUCACUUUAACAAGUUGCUUUUUCAGAUAUUCAUUCUUUGUCUUGUGUCAGAUGCAGCUGAAAUGCUUAUUAUUGAAAAGCUUAGCUCACUGAGUCUCAUUCAUUGAUGGCGACUCCAGUUUGAGAUGCCAACUCGAGUCACAUGUAAGACUCAAAAAGAAACGAUUUUAGAUUGUUGAUGAAGUUUUGUGGAAAUUAUAUCAAGAAAAGAACUUAAAUUCUUGCCCUCUUAUUUAAAAAUACAUCCACUGUAAUUGUGAACUCUGAUGUCAUUAUUGAUAUUUUUAUGACAUCUAAGGAAACCAAGCUUUAGCAAUGGACUUUACUUAAUAUUAGGUUACAAAUUAAGAAAGCAGUUUCAUUUAUCAGAGGGUUUCCAGAAACCCGUUGGAAGCCCAUUUGUUUCCAAUUGAAUUAUUUUGACAUGAGAACAGAGGACAUGUUUGCUGUAGGCCAAAUCCACCAAGUGUUAUGAUUUGGGGAUGGUUUGCUUCAACAGGACUUGCUGAGCUUACCUUCAUAUAAGCCACCAUAAAUUCUGCUGUGUGACAGAGCUUGAAGAAAAUGUAAGAGUAAAAAUGUUAAGCAGAUUCAGAACUGGAACCACCACGUACAAGUAAAUCCACUGAAGACUGCCUGGGAAUUGAAUGGGAAGUCCUGAUCAGAGUCAGACCCCAGGUGUUGGAGUCAUUGAGAGGCUUUGGGAUAUCACACUUUAAACUUAUAAACUUGGCAGAGAUGCCAACUGUUUUUCAAAGUGUGCUCCUGAAAAUAAAACUCUUACUUUUAGAGUCUAGACAGCUUUUCUUGAAUUCUUCUCUUUCCCCGUGUACCAAAAAUACUGUUUGGAUGCCACCCAGCACACCUAAUCUGUUCCCCACACCCACCCUCAACCUCUGAUGAUGGUCAUGAAUCACCAAAACAAAAACCGAUAUCAAAAGAAUCCAGAGGUCUUUCAACACAAGCGAUAAUGAACGUUGUGAAAAUACUCAGGGAGUUCAGGCAGAGCCCUUAAAUGGCACUUAACGAGAACCUCACACAUCACCCGCGAUCGUCACAUGGUCCCGAGAGUGUAAAUGUAACCCAACACUACACAAAUCUUUACAAGGGGAACACAUUCAUCUGUUCCACUCGAAAAUACACUGAAGGUCACCGGGUGUACAUUCCGCUUUGACGGGCAAAGAGACGGCGUCUUCUGUGGUUAAAUGGCUCCAUAGUUUUUGGGAGGAAGAGAUAAGGGAGUCAACAGGGAUGAGAAAUCUCACCCCCAGCCUUUGACCUACAGCCACUGAUUUAAGCUAAAUGUUUUUUCUCUUUAGAAGCUAAAAUACUGGAAGAAAGCAAUUAACCGUCCUGUUGGGUGUGGCCACUGAGUAGUUAAAUCAGUAGUCACUGUAAAGCAUUGUUUCACAACUUGUCUUUUUAAAGCAAGAAUAAAAAAUGAUGCUAUUGAAUUGAUGUCUCACCCUUUUUUUUGUUCUAAAGGAAAUGGCUGCCUAUAAGAUAACGGCCCUGCAGAAGGCCUUGGAUGACAGCGUGCCUGCAUCAGAACUUGAGAGAGCCAAUAAGCAGUACACUAAGCUAACAGUCAAAUACAGAGAUGUGCUCCAGAAGGACAGCCUACUUGUACAGAAAACAUCCAGCCUCCAACAUUUAGAGAGCGAGAACGAGUCUCUAUGGAAACAAAUCUCUGCCGUCAAUAAGGAACUGGAGAUCACGAAGGAGAAACUCAACACCCUGGAGCAAGCAUGGGAGACCGUCGGUUCAGUCGGCUCUGAAACCGGCCUGGCCGAGGGAGACAGGGCCUCGAUCAACAACGAGGCGAUAUCCGCUGCGAGGAGGAUCACGACUUUAGAGAUGAAGGAGCUGAAUGAGAGGCAGAGGGCCGAGCAUGCCCACAGGAUGUACGAACACAUGAGGAACUCCCUCAGACAGGUGGAGGAGCGCAACACAGAGCUGGAAUCCAAGUUCUUAGAGCUGACCAAGAUGAAUGCGGAGUCCCAGCGGGUCGAGCGGGAGCUAAGAGAUGAGCUGGCAGGCGCCAGCAGCAAAGCCGCCAGCGACGCCGACAAGGCCAGGAUCUCAGAGCUGGAGAAGGCCGAGGCCGAGCUGCGCCUCGAGGUCUCCAAGCUGCAAGAAGUCUCAGACGUGGCUUUGUCCCAGGUCUCUGCUCUGCAGGCCCAACACAAAUCCAAAGACAACGAAGUUGAGGCUUUCAGGAGACAAAUACUGGAAUACCAGUCACAGUCGGAUGAGAAGGCUCUGAUAGCAAAGCUCCACCAACACAUGGUGGCGCUGCAGCUCAGUGAGUCGACAGCUCUGGGGAAUCUGGAGGCCGCUGCCUCUCACAUCCAGCGGCUGGAGGCCAACAUGCUGCGCGCCGAGCAGCGGCUGGACGCCAGCGAGCGAGCGCUCUUCCUCGCCCGCCAGGAGGGCCGCCACCGCGCCACGCACCUCCGCCAGACCGUCCAGGCUCUGCGCAGGCAGUUCGCCGGGGCGCUGCCCCUCCGGCAGCAGGAGAAGUUCUCCCUGGCCAUGCUGAAGCUCCAGGAGGACCGAGCCAAAGCCCAGGAGGAGAGGAGGGCAGCUGAGGUGGAGAGGCGGAGGGCAGAUGGAAGAGCCCAGGAGCUGGAGGUGAGACUGCGAGGCCUGGAGGAGCUCAUCUCUACCCUGAAGGACGUGAAGGGUGCCCACAAGGUAAUGGAGUGGCACAAGAGGAUGGAGGAGGCCCGCCUCCAGGAGCUGAGGAAAGGGAGGGAGCUGGUGGUCCAGAAGGAGGAGAUCAGCUACCUUAAGAAGCUGGUGGAGGAGCAGGACCGCACAGUCCGCUCGCUGGAGGAGGACAUCGUCCAGCUCAACUCUCUUCAGGAAGAGCGUCAGCUGGCGUGGGACCAGCGGGAGGUGGAGCUGGAGCGCCAGCUGGACCGCUAUGAGAAGCAGCACACCGAGAUUCUCAACAACGCCGAGAAGGUUAAGGAAGGGGAAGGGCCGCUCCCAGACCCAGUGCUGCCUCUGGCUCAUCAGUUAGAGUUUGCUCUGGGUAAAAUCAAAGAGCAGGUUCGCACCAUCUUGGAGCUUCAGGGAACAUGCAAAAGUUUGGACAAGAAACUGAAAGAGAGCGAAGUGGCUUUGUUGAAAGCAGAGCAGAACGUCGUGUCGAGGGACAAGGUGAUCAACGAGCUGCGUCUCCGGCUCCCGGCGGCCGCCGACCGCGAGCGUCUGCUUGCCGACCUCAGAAAGAACGAAGAGGACCAGCCAAGCAGCCAGGCUGCCCUGAAGCUGGCGCACCAGACCAUCAAAGAUCUCCAAAGUCGACUCGACAAGAAAGAAGAUGUGCUGAAGAAAUACCAAAACCAGCUGGCUCAGGCCAGACAGGAUCAAGAGGAGAUGAUAAAAAGACAUCAGGAAGAGUUGAGAAUAUUACAUCAGAAGCUGGACUUGCACACAGACACCUCUCUGGAUCAGUUCAAACAGACAGCAUUGGAGUUGAUGAAGAAGCCCGCUAUCAGAGUGCUGACACCUAAACACCUGGAGCGCCUGGCUGAGUUGGAGCAGACGGUGGCUGAGCAGGAUGCUUCACUCAGCUCUGUCACAGAGAAGCUGAAGCUGACCGCAGCCGAGCUGGAGCAACACCGGAUCGCCAUGGAGACGCAGGCUAAGAAACACGCUGAGGAGACGGCAAAGUAAUCAGCCACCACUAACCGUUUUUACAGUGAGCUGUCAUGUGUUACACUUUUACAUAGAAAGAUGUUUUUCA